UUCAACGCAGGGGCAAGCUUUUUAUUUCCCGCCAGCCACCAUCGUUAUAUACUCCUCCGUCACUACGACUCAGCCAAAGCUCUGUAACUAACUCAUCACGAAGGUCGAAGCAGAGAGAUCUCUGAAACAACAACAACAGUUUCAAUGGCCGCCACAGUCAAAACCGUCGUCUUCAUCCUCAUACUCGCGAUCCUCUUCUCCUCCGCCGUAUACGCGACGCUUCAGGCACCUUCGUCUUCUUCAGCUCCACAGAUCCUGACCUGUACGGAGGAGCUCGUCAUGUUCUCUCCUUGUCUUCCUUACGUCUCCGCUCCACCGAACAACAUCUCAGAGACUCCGAAUCCUAUUUGCUGCUCCGUUUUCACCUCGUCGAUUCAUUCCAGCGCCGGGAACUGCCUCUGUUAUCUUCUCCGGCAGCCGAUGAUCCUUGGAUUCCCGUUGGAUCGAUCUAGAUUGAUUUCUCUUUCUCAGAUCUGUACCGAUCGGAGCUCCGACGAAUCUUUCGAGUCUCGCUGCUCGCCAUCAGAGUCGCCGGAGCUUCCGCCGCUUCAGAGUAUCCAGUUCACUAAUCCGUUUGUUCCCGGUAAUGGAGGAUCCGCUUCUCCUCAAUCGGUCGGCUUAGCACCGGAAAUCUCACCAAGCUCCGAUCAAUUCUCACCGGAAACAGCUGCUGUAACACCACCACCACCACCGGCUCCACAAUACAUCUCUAGCAGCUCUCCAAAGAUCAGAAACUUCUGGUCUCUAUCAACCAUCAUCAUGACUCUGGCCACUUCUAUCCUCCUCACACGCAUCUGUAUGGUUUGAAGCUCUCUGUGCUUGCUUGCUUGCUUACACUGCUUAGGUUUACUUCAUUGAUACAUAGAUUUUACCAUUGGGCUGUAGUUAAAAAUCUUUCUACUGUUGAGUAUGUUCAGCUGCUUUACUGUUACUAUUAGCGAGGCUGUGUGUCAUCUGUGAGUAGUGUUUCCUUGAACAAAGAUGAUAUAGUGGAAGAAGAUGUUUAGGUUUUACAUUUCAUUACUUUUUGCUUCAUAUUAUACGCAAGAAAAA